AUGGCCCCGCUGUUGCCCCUGGGGCUGGUGGCCCUGCUCGGCUUGGCCCGGGCGUGCCCCGAGCCCUGUGCCUGCGUGGACAAGUAUGCCCACCAGUUUGCCGACUGCGCCUACAAAGAUCUGCAAGUGGUGCCCACGGGCUUGCCCUCCAAUGUGACCACCCUCAGCCUCUCAGCCAACAAGAUCACUUCACUGCAGAGACGUUCCUUCGUGGAGGUGACCCAGGUCACCUCCCUCUGGUUGGCACACAACGAGAUCCGCUCCAUCGAGCCUGGGACCUUCGCCAUCCUGGUGCAGCUGAAAAACCUUGACGUCAGCCACAACCAGAUCGUGGACUUCCCUUGGCAGGACCUCUACAACCUCAGCGCUCUCCAGCUGCUCAAGAUGAACAAUAACCACAUGGCCCUGGUGCCUCAGGGAGCUUUCCACACCCUGAAGGACCUUCGGUCCCUACGCAUCAACAACAACAAGUUCACCACCCUUGCAGAGGGUAUCUUCGACUCACUUAGUUCCCUCUCCCACCUGCAGAUCUACAACAACCCCUUUGACUGCUCCUGCAAGCUCCAAUGGUUGAAGAAGUGGAUGGACAGCACACUCAUCUCCAUCCCCGAGAAGGACUCCAUCACUUGUGACCUCCCGGAGCAGCUCCGAGGAGUGCCAGUGGGGAAGAUCCCAGACGUGCAGUGCACUUCACCUACCGUGCAGCUCACCUAUUACCCCAACCUGGGUACCACGGAGCUCUUUGAUGGCUUCACCCUGACACUGCACUGUGCUGUGACAGGCACCCCACCACCCGAAGUGAGCUGGAAGAUCCGCACCGCUAGCCAAACCCUGGAGCUCAGUGGGAACCCCAAGGAGAGCGCUGGGAAGGACCUCCCCAAACAGGACCCUGAGCGCUUCUUGGUGUUCAAGAAUGGCACACUGAUGAUUCCCCACCUGAGCAAGCGGGAAGAAGGCACCUACACCUGCCUGGCCAACAACGAAAUGGGGAGCAACCAGACCUCAGUGAACGUGGCUGUGGCAGGCACCCAGAAAUACCCACUGCAGCCCGGGAGGGACCCUCUGGGGGGUAAAGCACAGCCUGGUGACAAGAAACCUGGGGCCAAGGGAGCGAAGAAUAGUGUGCUCAUGCCAGAUGAGAGGAACAAACCCCUCAGUCCCACCCGGCAGAGCCAACCAUCCUCAGCAGCUGGGACAGAGUCCACGGGAGAUAGGCAAGUCCCUUUCCAGCUCCCUCCCUUUGAGAAGAAGUGUGGCUCCACACAAACCAGCAAGUACAUUUCCAACCACGCCUUCAACAAGAGUGGGGACUUCAAGCAACACACGUUUGACCUGGGGGUGAUUGCCUUAGAUGUGUCAGAGCGUGAUGCCCGGGUGCAGCUCACGCCCACCUACAUGCAGCCCGAGAAGGUCCACCUCAGGAUGCUCUACCUGUGCCAGGAGAGCGGCCAGGGCCACGCCUUAGUCCAGUGGUCCAAGAUUGAGGAAGGGGUGAACUCGUACUGGUUCCAGGGCUUGAACCCCGGCACCAACUACUCUGUGUGUCUCACCUACCCGGGGGAGGACUGUCAGGUCCAAGUGGUCUUCACAACCAAAAAAGAGAUUCCCUCGCUCAUCAUCAUUGUGGUUGUGAGCAUUUUCUUGUUGGUGCUGGCCACCUUACCCCUGAUGGGGGCCACGUGGUGCCACCUCCUCUCCAAGUACCAAGGGAAGACUUACAAGCUCAUCAUGAAGGCCCAGAACCCAGACCAGAUGGAGAAGCACAUGGCUGCUGACUUCGACCCCCGUGCCUCCUACCUGGAGUCCGAGAAGAACUACAAUCCCAGUGAGGUGGGGGAAGCAGAUGUGGACGAAGAAGAUGAGGAUGAGGAGGACAAUGAUGAAUGAGGCAGGCAGAGGAGGAGGAGGAGAGAAGCCGAAGGGGCUUCAGAGUUGGAGCGAGAGGAGAGCGUGGCGGCCAGCUCCAUGGCGGAGUCGCAAUCCAAAGCCAAUGGCGAGGAGUUCGAGGUUCGUUCUGAGUACAGUGACAAGCUGCCGCUGGGCGCCGAGGCCGUCACCAUCUCCCAAGAGAUCAACGGCAACUACCGGCAGC